GAGUCCCAGAUGGUAAUAAUGUUUCCAUCGGGUUUCGCUGGAUCUUGCUGUCCUCCUGCUCCAAGACAUCUUCCCUGCCCAGAAUGCCUGUGUUUCAUGUGCUCUGCUAUCUCUCAGUCCUGGGAGUAAUUUAUACAGGUACUGGCGAAACCCCUUUGCCCGUGAUUCAAUCCCCCCCGUACCUGACUGCAGUGGAAGGUACAAAUGUGUCAAUGUAUUGCUCCACCCCGCUUUUCGAUCGCAAAAUAUCAGUUAACGUGUCCUGGCGGAAAGAUGGAGAGAUCAAACCUUUGGAUCCAACAGCAGACGAAAGGAAAAUAAUGUUACCGUUCAAGCAAGUAUUUUCUGUGUUUCAUCUGCUGAAUGUGAGCUUCCGGGACUCCGGAAUCUAUUUUUGUCGCAUCAGCGUCUUCGGCAGGAAAACUUCCAAUGGGAAUGGGACUAAGCUUAUCGUACACGUGCCGCCAACCCCGCUGAAGAUAACCCGCCAGUACUCGCCCUUCCUCGCUCUCCUCUGCACAACUGCUGGCUUCUUCCCGGGGCAGUUUGAACUCGUGUGGUAUAAAAAUCUCUCCGAAAUCACGUCUGGCAUCAACAUCAGGAAAAUCGUGAACGAAGAGGGUUUAUUUCACGUUUCCAGCGAGCUCAGUCUUCCGGAGAAGGGGUCAGUCUACACCUGCCAGAUUUCUCACAUCACACGCAGCGUCCCGGCAAACAUCAGCGACAAAAUUCCGAAUCACGGUAACCAAGACCGUACAUUCUACUACGCCUUAGUCUUUGGUUGUGCAGCAGGCGGGAUUAUGAUUUUAGUUCUGGGAAUUGUCUUCAAGGGGUGCAAAUUAGACAAAACAACUGGCAACGCGACUGCUGAGGACAUGAACAGCCAAUUUGAGGAACAGGUCAAUCGGGACAGAGAGGCAGUGAGUCCGAUUUAUGCUGCUCUCCACUUCAGCGGAGAGAGGAAACCUGCAAAACUACUAACGGAGAAAGAGAGCUUUGUGUAUGCGCAGACAAAGCACCGGACAGCUGGCGAACUGACCUACGCGUCUUUGAAUCUUUCCGCUUCCGAGAAAACGGCAAGAAAACCAAAUAAAAAGGAGGCGGAGUAUGCAGAGGUCAAAAUAAAAAAGGGAAGCGGAAACGCCUGGAUUCCAUGAACUCCAACAAUAUUCAGUGAUAGUACAGUUACAGAAAAGUUGCUUUUGUUUUGUUUAUUUGAAAAAGACAACAAGCCAGAUGUGAUGGGUUGAUUGUGAACGAUACCUUAAUCGAUGGUGUAUUCUAAUUGCUGAACCUCUGUUUAUCCUUCA